AGAAUCAAGAAUCUAACUCAUAAAAAAAGGCUUAACUGAGGAAGUGGGCAAAGCACGACAUGGAGGGAAUGACAGUAUAUUGCUGAUGUUCUUGAUUUUAAGGGAAACUAAAAACUAAUCAUAGUUUAACCAACGAACUAAGGAUAAAUGGGAUUGCAUGGGACAGGAAGGUAAAAGGAAAAGGAUCCAAGAUGGGAGAAGUUCCUAAAGGAGAAAACAGAACUAAAAACAAUUCCAUUGUGAAGAAAAAUGCAGGAUAACAGACCAGUCCAGAACAGCAAACCAGUGUAGCUACAGAAAGCUUACUGAAGAUCUGAACACAAAAAAGAAAUAAAAAGAGAGCUAGGUCACAAAGUAAGAGUUCAGACGGAGAGUGUACAGCUGGUGUAAGGAAAGCAAAAGCUUACAAUGAAUUAAAGUUGGAGAAAACUAGGUUAAUGGCACUGUUGAAACAAACCUAUUAGAUGUGGAUGUAUCAGAACUGAUUUUUGCCUCCUUAUCCAAAGAAAUACCAGAAGAUUCUGCUUUAUAUUUAUAUCACUAUACGUAAAAUAUAAGGCUUGUAGGGGCAGGAUAAUGAGGGAUGUUAGUUGCCAUUUAAAAAUGCUUUCCCAUUCAAAAUAGUAUCUGGUACUAUGAUCUCAUACUAUAAGAACAAUGAAUAAAUAAUAAAUAAAUCUGAAAUUUAAAAGACAUUGCCUUAUCAUAUGCAGGAGAUUCCUUGUUAUUUCUUUCUAAAAGCCUAUAGAUCCAGAGAUUUCCUGCACUUCUGCAUCGGAGACUCAGAGUGCCGCUGUUGGCCAACAUAGUUCCCAGAAAGGAGCUGGCAAUCUAUUGGGUUUCCUGCCUUCUGACUAUCCACUCACCGAGCGCAGAGCAGUCAAAGAGCAGUUCUGAGGGACACUCAAACACCAUGGCAGAGAAAAGAAAACCACUGCAAGGCAGAUAAAACUCAGGAGAAUCCCAGGACCCUCUUGGUGCUUUCUUCCCAAUGGGAAUUUAAACUCCUCAGCUUACUGGAUCGCACAAAGCACUUUUCACCGCAGGUGGGAUGGACGGCAGGAGCAAAGCAAAGAGCAGCUCUGUAAAAAGGCAAGUACGUCUCCUCUUCUUAUUGUCUUUCGUCUGCCAGACUGCCUCGGAGCACGUUCGCUAUUCAAUUCCAGAGGAAAUGGGAAAGGGUUCCGUUGUGGGGAAUCUUGCCAAGGAUCUGAAGCUGAGUCCUGCAGAAGUGGGAAAUCGCAACCUGCAUAUCCUCUCUUUAGGCAAAAAGCAAUACUUCUCCAUUAAUGCUGAAAAUGGGAAUCUGUAUGUAAAAGACAGGAUUGACCGAGAGGAAAUCUGUGGGGAAACUGCAGUCUGCCCCAUCAGUUUUGAAGUGGUGAGUGCAAACCCCAUGGACAUAUUUUAUAUAACAGUAGAGAUCCAGGAUAUCAAUGAUAAUGCACCACAUUUCUUAAAUGGUGAUAUCAAGUUAGAGAUAAGUGAAUCCACUUUACCAGGAGCCACAUUUCUUCUUGGACAAGCAGAAGAUCCUGAUAUUGGAACAAAUUCCCUCCAGGACUAUCAUCUAAGCAUUAAUAAGUAUUUCAUUUUAGCAAUUAGCAAGCAAGACUCUUUAAACAAGUAUGCAGAAUUAGUGCUGGAAAAACAGUUGGAUCGUGAAAGUGAAAGUACUGUUAGUUUAACUCUUAGUGCUCUUGAUGGAGGAAACCCUGUAAAAACUGGAACAGCCAAAAUACAGAUUACAGUCAUAGAUGCUAAUGACAACCCACCUGUCUUCACUCAAAAAGUGUACAAAAUUAGCCUCAAAGAGAAUGCUCCAAAGGGAUCUACUGUAAUACAAGUCAAAGCCACAGACAAAGAUGAAGGUUCCAAUGGUCAGAUCACCUAUUCCUUCAGCAAUAUUGCUGAUAACGUGCAUCGAAAAUUUGAGCUAGAUCCACCUAUUGGAAUUAUAACAAUACGAGAAGAGCUAGAUUUUGAGGAAACAGAGAAAUAUACAAUGGUGGUAGAAGCAAGGGAUGGAGGUGGAUUAGUAGCACACUGUAAUGUUGAAAUAAAACUAUUAGAUGCAAACGACAAUGCUCCAGAAGUGAUUCUUGCUUCCUCAUCCAGAGAAAUUCCUGAAAACUCUCCAAUAGGAACAUUGAUAGCUCUCAUCAAUACAAAUGAUAGAGAUUCGGGGGAUAAUGGGGAGGUCAAUUGCCAUUUAGAAAAUGCUUCCCCAUUCAAAAUAGUAUCAGCAGCUAAUAACUAUUAUAAACUGCUAACAAAUGGUCCCCUAGAUAGAGAAAGCAUCCCAGGGUACAAUCUUACAAUCACAGCCACAGACAACGGUACGCCCCCUCUUUCUACACAGAAAACCAUCUCACUGGAGAUUUCGGAUAUCAACGAUAAUGCCCCUGCCUUUGAGAAAUCUUCAUACAGUGUCUACGUGGCAGAGAACAAUCCUGCUAGCUCCUCCAUCUUCAGCAUCAAAGCUGUAGACCCCGAUCUUGGUCGCAAUGCUAGGAUCACCUUCUCCAUCCUCACUAGCAAAGUAGAGGCGCUACCUCUCCCGUCUUACCUCUCCAUUAACUCAGAAAGUGGCACCCUCUAUUCUCAGAGGUCUUUUGACUAUGAGCAACUCAGAGAGUUUGAGGUACAGGUGAAGGCUGAAGAUGGCGGCUCCCCUCCUCUCAGCAGCAAUGCCACACUGAAGGUGUUCAUCCUGGACCAAAAUGACCAAAGCCCCCAAAUUCUGUAUCCUUCUCCAGGAGCAGAGGGCUCAGCCUCCUUUGAGAUGGUGCCUCGCUCGGCAGAGAUGGGGUACCUGGUUACAAAGGUGGUGGCUGUGGACGCUGACUCUGGGCACAAUGCCUGGCUCUCCUAUCAUCUACUGCAAGCCACUGAGCCGGGGCUCUUCACCAUUGGUGCCCACACUGGUGAAAUCAGGACACUGCGGAUGUUUCUGGAAAGGGAUGCCCUGAAGCAGAAGCUGGUGGUCUUAGUGAAGGAUAACGGGCAGCCCCCUCUGUCUGCUACAGUCAGUCUCAAUCUGAUUUUUGCUGAAAACUUCCAAGAGGCACUGCCAGAAAUAAAUAACCAAACCACCGAUUCAGAGCAACAGCCUGAGCUCCAGUUCUACCUCGUGCUGGCCUUAACUUUGAUCUCCUUUUUGUUCCUCUUGACUGUAACUCUAGUCAUUAUGAUGAAACUCCGACAGUCGGGGAAUCUGAAGUUUCUUCCAUGCUUUGCUCCCAUUCCCCAUUCAAGCAAUGCCAUUAUAUUCCCACCAAAUUAUGAGGAAGGAACUAUUCCUUAUUCCUAUCAGCUCUGCUUAUCCUCUGAGUCCAAGAUACAUGAAAUUACUUUUCCAACUCCCAAAGUUCAAACUGCUGAAUAUAUUUCAUGCAACCAAAAAUCUGAUGAGCUUUUGGCAAGCAAUGGAACUAAUAUCCUAAAUUCUGAGAUGGCUAAAUCUAGUCUGAUCUCUAAAAUGCAUUCCAAAACAUAUCAAGGAAACACAAAUCUGAUAAGGAAGAAAUAUAACUGAGGAAAUGCAACUUUUUACAACAUUUGAUCGAAGGACCUGCAACCAAUUGUUUUGCAUUGUAGGACCAGGAACCGUGCAGAUCUAGCUCAGAAAUUGAAAAGAAAUGGGCUACUUCUCUGAAAAACAUCGUUACUGAUUAUGUUCUGCCUAACUGUCCUGCUCUUACUUUUUUAAUAUUCUUCAUAAAUCUGCUGUUUCAAUCCUGCACUGAAUUUUAGAAUGUAAGUUUCUCAGGUAUAGAAUUUGUCUUUUGGUUGUUACUCUAAAGGAACCAACCUGUUUAAAAUUGCACUCAAAGGCCAGCCUCUAAUUUACUGAAUUAGGCUCCUAAUUAGGGGUCAUAUUUUAAGUCUCAGUGUUAACAGUGUUACUAUAUUAAAUUUAAUGACCUCAAAAAAAGAGAUAAGAAUUUGAGAUUUAUAUUAUCUUGUAUCCUUAAUAAACCAUACUGGAGCAAAAUUAAUUCUGAUGAUUCAAGAAUUCUAAUGAUUUUUAGAAAAAUUUCCAGUUCAUAAAAAACAGAUUUCUUAUGACUCUUCAAGGAAGAAAAUUCCACAGACUCCGGGAACAUUUCUUAGAGUAAUUGGAAGACUUUUCCAUUUAUUCUGCUUCUUCCUAUUAGUUUGUUUGUAUCCCAAUUUUAUUAUUUUUACAAAUAACUCUAGGCACAAAACAUAUCCAACACAACUUUUUUUUAAUCUUCUCCACUAUAAUCAGGUGAGUGCUUUGGGCUGGCCCAAAGUCAUUCAGCUGGCUUUUAUGGCUAAUGUGGGACUUUAUCUCAUGGCCUCCCAUUUUUUAGCUUGGUGCCUUAACCAAUAGACCAAAUUGGUAUGAAAACUGCUAAUAUACAACAAAAAGAAAUACCAAAAAUGUAUUGGUUAUUUUCCUGACUGUAUUCUAAUAUGCCUAAAGCUUUUUCAGACGAAAAUAAGUAGCUACAUUAUUAGAUAUAUAUAUAAACAACAGGACAGGUUCAUGAUAGGAAAGUAUACUGUAGUUCAAAGCAACUUAGAUUACUAGAACAUUACUUUCUAUAGUAAGAAGGAUAAGAUUCCUUUAAUCAGUUUAUACAAAAUAACCAAAUAAUAUCAUUGUCUUGCCAUUCCUUGAACCUAUUUUGACUGUCAUAACCUAUGUUAGAGCUUUUAAGAUACAGAAGUCUCUCAAUAUGCUAAUAUAUUAUUGUUUUCACAAGACCAGGUCUAGUGGAGUCAAUUGUAAGUUGACAGGUACAUUUCACUGUACAUCAUGAAAUUAACAGCUGUUAAUAUGAAUAAAAGCACAUUGAAAGAGAUACAUUACAACUGCAGAAAUAUAAAGAAAAAAACCAGAGGGCCAGCUCUUCCAAAACUGUAUGCAAUUAUUCUGAAUACUCCAAAAACGGGUCGCAUGGAAGUACUUUUGAAUAAAUCCUUGCAGUGUCCCCUCUGGCCUCAGAGUGUCGCUGUUAGCCACCGGGACGCCGAAGAGAAUGGAGAAGAGCUGCUGAACAGAUGCUUCCCAAAGGAGGAUUCCGGCAUUUCGUUAAAGGCAGGGAAAAACAGCAGAUCACAAAUGCAAAGCGGUCUUGCGAAAAGGGAUGGUCCCCAGAAAUUAAGAAGAAAGGAGAGUGUUUCUUACUAUUCUGCAUUCCGAUGAGAUUUUGAGGCAAUCAACAUUAUCGCAGAGGGGAUGGA